CAUGUAUGCGGAUCGUUCAUCAUCUGCCACUCCGGAGCCUCCAGUGUCCAAGAAUUAUGAGAUGACCAGAAAAAGAAAAUGGCUUCCUGAAUGGAAAGAUCAGUACCCCUUUGCAGAAUAUGAUGCCGAUGUCAAGAUGAUGUACUGCUCCACAUGCAGAUCUGUACCAGCAAAAGCAAACGGCAACGCUUUGUUUAUUGGUGUGAACGGAAACAAAAUAAGGGUGAGAACACUGAAAAGUCACCUGGCGACAUCAGCUCACAUUGACUGUGAAAACGCUCUCAAAGUACAGGUCAAUCCUGAUAAAGCACCUCUACCCAGCUGUCUUCAACGAAUGGACAAAGACGUAAAAGAAAAAAUGCUGAAGUUAUUCAAUAUAGCCUAUUAUGUGGCUAAGGAAGAAGAACCAUUUACAAAAUUUCCAAAAUUAGUAGACUUACAUUUGAAAAAUGGACUGAACUUUGGAAACACCUACAAAAAUGACCACUCGUGUAGCACAUUCAUUCAGAGCAUUGCUCAGACCAUGAGCGAUGAAUUGAAGGACAAGAUCAAGUCUGCAAGAUUUUUUUCUAUUAUCACCGAUGGCUCAGUUGACCGAUCCGUGCAGGAUCAAGAGAUCAUUUACAUCACUUUUUUGGAUAAUGGUCUACCGGUUAACAACAUGGUAAAUCUGGUGACAUUGCAGCAUGCCAACAGCCAGGGCAUCCUGGACGCCAUCAUUUCUGGUCUUCCACAAGCUGGCAUUUCAAUAGAAGACCUAAACACAAGGUUGGUUGGGUUUGGAUGUGAUGGCGCUUCAGUUAUGAUAGGUCAAAAGAAUGGAGUGUCUGCCAGGCUCAGAGAAAUAUGUGGAUCCCUUGUGACCAUCUGGUGUGUGGCUCACCGCCUUGAGCUUGCAGCAUUGGACAGCAUGAAAUCUAUCCCAAUUCUUGCAGAACUCAAGCAAAUGAUAAAUGGAAUCUAUAAACACUACCACAUGUCAGCGAAAGCAAACCGUGAGCUCAACAGUGUGGCAGAAGCCCUCGGCAUCCAUCUAGUCAAACCAGGAAGUAUUGAUGGAACAAAGUGGCUACCACACACACUAAAUGCCUUAAAAGCACUUGUCAGGAACUACCAGGCCAUCCUUGUACAUUUUGAGAGCCAUGCGAGUGAUGUAAAUGACCGAGAAGCAAGUGACACCAUGAAGGGGCAGCCAGCCACACAGUAAAAGGACUCAAACAGUACAAGAUGGUCCUUUUCAUUCAUCUUCUUCUGGACAUUCUCAGUGAGCUGAAAGACCUGACCCUUCUCUUUCAGAGGGAAGGGCUGACACUACAAAUGGUUUCAGAUGGGCUACAGAAAACUACCUUGGCUCUUGUAGCCAUGCAGACAGUUCCAGGCCAACAUCUACAGGAACUUCUGGAUGAAGUGGGACCCUUUCCUGGGAACACCUUCUCUACUGUGCAGCUCAACAGGAAACGGGUGGAUGAUGAUGACUUCGACAAAGUAAAACAUAAACUUAUAAAUGCCCUCUGUGACUAUGUCACGACACGGUUUGGGGAGCCUUAAUGAUGGGGUGUUUAAAGCUGCUGCCACCCUGUUUGACCUUUGCAACUGGCCCGAGCACACCACUGACCUGGCUACUUUUGGCUUGACUGAUCUUGAGACUUUUGUCACUCACUUUCAGAAAAUCCUUGAAGCAUGCACAGAGUUCAAA